CCACGUUUUUGGUGUUACAAAUAAUUUAGAAAGAAGGUGGAUUGGUUAUGGAAGAAUGUGCAAGGAGAGUAAUUUGAGAUAUACAACUUGGGCAGAAGAAUCAGAUGAUCGACAACAAUUGUUUAUAUAAAGAAGAGCUGAAUCGCAAUUCUUACUCAGGUCUGGCCAAGGAGGCUUCUGAGUCGAUUUUGCUCCCUAGUGAAUCCGGAUUUGACGGUUCUCGGAGUCCGGUUUGCUCCUCGCCGGAUCCGAACCUCAACUACAGACCUGUCAUCGGUAUCCUGAGUCACCCUGGAGAUGGUGCGUCUGGUCGGUUGACCAAUGAUACGAGCUCGACGUACAUCGCUGCUUCGUAUGUGAAGUUCGCUGAGGCAGGUGGUGCUCGUGUUAUCCCACUCAUCUACAACGAACCUGAAGAAGUGCUCUUCCAGAAGCUAGAGUUGGUCAACGGUGUGAUAUUCACUGGUGGUUGGGCUAAAAAAUAUGAUUAUUUCGAGAUCGUCAAAAAAAUCUUCACUAAAGCUUUGGAGAGAAAUGAUGCUGGAGAGCAUUUCCCAGUAUAUGGCAUUUGCCUCGGAUUCGAGCUUAUGUCAAUUAUCAUAAGUCAGAACAGAGACAUUCUUGAAAGAUUUGAUGCAGAGGAUAAUGCAUCAAGUCUCCAGUUUGUUGAUAAUGUUAAUAACGAUGGAACAUUAUUCCAAAGAUUUCCGCCAGAGUUGUUGAAAAAACUCAGUACAGAUUGUUUGGUUAUGCAGAAACACAAGUAUGGUAUCACACCAGCAAACUUUCAAGCCAAUCCUGCUUUGUCUAGUUUCUUUGAAAUUCUCACAACCUGCAUUGAUGAAAACAGCAAGACUUAUGUUUCAACUGUUAAAGCAAAGAGAUACCCAAUAACUGGCUUCCAGUGGCAUCCUGAGAAAAAUGCAUUUGAAUGGGGAUCAUCUGCGAUUCCACACUCUGAGGAUGCAAUCCAGGUGACACAGCAUGCUGCUAGUUAUUUAGUCAGUGAAGCUAGGAAGUCACUGAACAGACCAGAGUCUCAGAAAGUGCUGAGCAAUCUCAUUUACAACUAUAAGCCUACUUACUGUGGAUACGCAGGGAGGGGUUACGACGAGGUUUACAUUUUUACACAACCAAGAUCCCGUUUCUAAGAACUUUACUCGUCGUCUUGUGUGUUUGUUUGGAACUCUUAUUUACAUUUAGGGAGCCGGAUUGUCUUGCAUGAUUUCCCUUGUUGAUUUUAUCUCUUUGGAAUUACAUUUCAAAAGAUACAAACUGUGUUUGAUUCGUCUUUCUAGCAAAUAACAUUUGACUUUUGAGAUUGAUUACCAAAACAGCAAAACCUUAACUUUGUAAAUGAGUAAUAUUAACGAAGCUUUACUGCAUUGAAAUUUAACAAUCACUUAGCUUAUUUGAAAAAAAA